GACAGAAAAUGGACAGAAGAUGAGAGAAUGAAAAUGAAGAACUCUGCUUCACGUGUUGAAUGUAAAGAUGACAAGCAAUUUAACGAAUGUAAAAAGAUCAGAAAACUGGAAGAAACUGAAACUGAGCUAAAAAACACUAAGCUGGAACUGGACAGCAUGUCUAAAUCACUGCAGCAUAAAGACCAACAGCUGGAGGAUUAUAAAAGACAAAUAGAAAAUAAAGAUACAGAACUGAGAAACAGAGAGAAAAUCAUUGAGGAUAAAGACGCACAACUCAAAGAUACAAAUACAAGACUAGAGAAGACGAGUAAAGAGCUAGAGGAGAGAGACAGAGCUCUACAUGAGAGAGAUCAACAACUGAAACUGAAAGACACACAGAUACAGGAGACACAAAUACAAGUGGAGGAAAAGGACAACAGACUUGUGGAGAAGGAGAAAGAAUUUAAUGAGAAAAAUGAAGAGCUGAAGAUUCUAAAAGAACGUUUAGAGACUAAUGAGAAGACUCUUUCUGAGAGAGAUGCAGUGUUAAUGGAAACUAAUAAUAAACUUCAACAUGCUACUGAACAAGUUAAAGAGAAAAUCUCACAACUGGAGAAUAUGAACAAACUGCUGAGUAAGAAAGCUGAAUUAGAGGAGAAAACAAAGCAGCUGCAGGAACAGACAGAUCCAGAAUCAUCAGUCCCCCUCAGGAGAAGAAACAGCAAGGAAGCGUUACCUCAAAAUAUGAGUGGAGAGACUCAGGACUCAGCAGCACCAAUCAGGAGAAGAAAUAGUACGGAGGCAAUUCGUCCUACAUUGGGUGAAGAAUCAUCUAGUCCACAUUCUUCAGUGUCGGUUCCUGUAGCAGAACUGAGGCUGGUGCUGCUGGGGAGGACAGGGUCUGGGAAGAGUGCAGCAGGAAACACCAUCCUGAGCAGAGAGGAGAGGAACCAGGCUGCUACAUCUACAUCUACAUCCACCCAGCAGAGUGAGAGCACACAGGGGGAGGUGGCUGGGAGGAAGGUGACUGUGGUGGACACUCCUGACUGGUUCUCUCCUGGACUCUCUCUGGAGAAGCUGAGACAUGAUGUGGGACUCUGUAUGCAUCUGUCUGCUCCAGGACCCCACGUCUUUCUCCUGGUCAUACCUGUAAAGAAGCCUGCAGGAGAGGAGAGAGGGAUGCUGGAGAAAAUGGAGGAGAUUUUUGGAGAGAGAUGUUGGAGAAACACCAUGAUUAUAUUCAGUGUUACUGAUGAUGUUCAGAAGAAGAACAUUGAUGGGUUUAUCCAAUCAGGAGACCAGGAGGUCCAGAGACUAGUGGAGAAAUGUGAGAACAGGUUUCACUGCCUCUACGUUAAAGAGAUUGUAGAUGGUUCUCAGGUCUCGGAGCUGCUGGAGAAGAUAGAGAAGAUGGUGGAAGGAAGCAGAGAGAAAUUCUACAGCAGUGAGAUCUACCUGGAGACAGAAUCUCAAAUUAAAGCAAUGGAGACUAAGAUCCUGAAGGAAAGAGAAGACAAAAGAAUGAGAGAGGAGAUGGAAAUAAAGGAAAGAAUAGAUAAGGAGGUGCAGGACUCUCUGAAAAAGAUAGAGGGAGUGAUCCAGGAGCAUAAAAGAGACAUCAGACAACUGAAUGACCGAACAACUGAACUAGAGAGAAAGGUGAAAGAAGAGAGAGAUGAAGAGAAAAAAAGAGAACUUGAGAGGGAGCUGAAACAAGAGGUAGAGCGAAGGACAGAAAUGGAAGAAAAGGUGAAGAAACUAAAAGAAAAGAGAGAGAGGGAGAGAAGAGAGAUAGAGGAGAGGCACCAACAGGAGAUGGAGGAGAUCAGGGAGGUGUAUGAAGGAGAGGUCAGGAUGGAGACAGAAAGAAACAUCAUGAAGUUCAUCCUGCCUGAAAUCCAGAGAAACAUUUUGGCCUCAAAAACAAAGAUGCAGGAAGAGUUCAGCAGACAGAUGGAGGAGAAGAACAGAGAGCUGGAGACUCUUAAACAGAAAUUUUCAGACCUCACAGAGACUCACAGUCUGUGUAAAGAGGUUUAUGGGAAAGCUGUGAGCAGCUCAGAGUCAAAGAAAGCAGCUGUAACAGGAGAGGUGUCGAAGGGAAUCUUUCAGUCAUUGACCGACUUUUUUGUCACUGGAUAACAGAGUUUGUAAAGCCACAGACACUCAAACAGUCUGAAAUGAAGUCUUUCAACUAGUAAUUGUGGACAGGGCUGGACUGGGAUAAAAAAUAAAUAAAUCAGCCAUGGUCUUUUUCCUCCAGGCAGCUCAACACUACAAUGGAAGAACUGGUCUAGACGGACACCACCCAUGUACAGUACAUGUCAGAAAAUUUUUAUAUCCUGGAAAGGGUUUUUUUUUUUGUUUGUUUGUUUGACUCACAGUCUGCGUAAAGAGGUUUAUGAGAAAACUGUGAGAAGAAGCCUGAGCCAGAGAAAGAGCAGCUGUAACCGGAGAGGCAUCAAAGGGAUUUUCUCAGAAAUUUAAAUAAUUUUUUUACCGAAUAACAGAGUUCAUAAAGCCCCAGACACUUACCCAGUCAGAAACUGGGUGUGCAAUACAGAGACAGUGGACAGAGCUGGACUGGAAUAAAAAUCCAAUAAUUUUUUUAGCUGCACUGUAUAUAAGCUUUUCAAACACACACACACUUACACACACACUAGGACAGGCUACCUCUCAAUGAGUUCCUGUUAUCUUGAAGCUCCUCCCUACUGAUUCAGCCCCCUCUCCUCCUGCUCCUCCUCAUUCUGCCCUUCACUUCGGUCCUCAUCAUCGAUGACAGUUAACUCCUGCUCUCCUCUAUGACUCUAAACCUGUUUUUUUUUAGAACACUUUCUAAUGGUUCCUGAUUUUUAAUUUCUUUGUACACUGUAAAGGAAUGCUAAAGGCGUCUUUGGAAUGCAUUAAUCUUCUUUGAACAGUUGAUAUUGAGAUGUUUCUGCUACUUAUGCUCUGUAAAGACUUUAUAAUGUUUUUGUUGUUGUUACAUAAUUAUCUAAUCCCAUAUGUUUUAUUUUAUAGCUUUGAAGCCCCCAGUAUUGUUGUAGAAUGUAAAAAAAUGAAUCACUAAACAAAAACAAAGAAAUUUGCAAGUGUUCUAAAACUUUUGAACGGUAGUGUAUAAGUAAAUACAAAAAAAAAAAAAAAAACAUAAGCCACCUUAUAAGCCGUAAGCCGUCCCUGUUGUAGUACAAACUGGAAAACCAUAAUUAUAAACAGAAUCCAUGUUACAUUAGUAUUUUAGAAAUCGUUUGACCAUUUGUUAGCAUGAAUGGAAGAUUCCCACACGGAAAAAACCUAUAUAAACAUUUUUUAUAUAGGUCUUGAAGUUUUAAUAUAGGUCUUUAAUAUAUGUGACAUACAGUAUAUAAAAUUGGCUGUUUUCCUAUAUUAUAUGUACAUAUAUGCGUACAUAUACGCGUACAUACAUACAUGCAUAUAUGCACCUAUAAAGAUACAUGUA